AUGACGUUAACAGCAAGGUUAUCUCCGCAAAAUGCUUGUGUGGAAGUAGGGGUGCCAUUAGGCAGCUGGUCGGCAGGUGUAGCAUGCUGUCCCAAUUGCAGGCACGAAUUGAGGGUGUCCCUAACGCCAAGUGCUGGCAAAUGCACUGGCCCACACACCCCCUCACCAUUUACGUUUCAGCCUACCUACUUGCCACAGACCCCUUUAUAUGCCCCUCCAUCAACACCUUUAAUACAAUCAUCCUACAAUGAAGAGUUAAGAAGGCUAGCAGACACCCUUAGAGCGCUAAGACUCUCAGGCUGGUACUACGGCAGUUUGGAUUGGCAGGGUGCGAGAACACUUCUAAAAGAUGCCAGUGUUGGAGCGUUUGUAGUCAGAGACUCGGGUGACAGGAACUUCAUAUUCUCAUUAUCGGUUCAGACUGAACGAGGCCCCACGUCCGUGAGGCUACAUUACGAGCAAGGAUUCUUUAGGUUAGAUUGUGACCGGCCUCUGGCGAGGUACAUGCCUCGGUUUAGAUGUGUUGUGGAGUUAGUGCAUCACUACACACGCGUGGAAGAACGAAGCGCUGCCGGUACCGUGUGGGUAGACCGUGAAGGUUGUCCGCAUUCCCCCGUGUUGCUUAAGACGCCGCUAAGGAAAAGUCCCCCGUCACUGCUCCACUGCGCGCGGCUCGCCGUGCACCGAGCGCUGGACUCCAACCCGCUCACUCCCAAGUUAUGGUGCGCCCCCAAGCACAGACUCCUACCACUUCCCUCAACCUUAAUAGAUUAUCUCGGCGAAUAUCCGUACUCGAUCUAA